AUGCCCCUCACACUCCACCACCUGAACUUCUCCCAAUCCGAGCGCAUAAUCUGGCUCGCCGAAGAACUCGGCCUCGACUACAAAUACGUCGAGCACCACCGCAACCCAAUCUUCGCCCCCCAAUCCCUCCGCGACCUCCACCCAGCCGGCACAGCCCCAUUAAUGGAGGACGACCCAUCCCCCGUAACAAACACCCGCGUCGUGCUCGCCGAGUCAGGCGCAAUCACAGACUACAUAGUCGCCGUGCACGGCCAGGGCCGCCUAGCACCAACCCCCAAAGACGGCGCCAUUUACCCGCAUUUCCUGGAAUGGUACCACUUCGCCAACGGCAGUCUGCAGCCCGGCCUAUUCCGGCUCCUGAUGGCCCGGACCGCAGGCCCAGACUCGCCGUUUGUGAAGCGCACGUUCGAGAAGUGGCAGGGGUAUUUGGAGAUGCUUGAGGCGCGGCUCGCGGUGACGGGGGCGUAUCUUGCUGGUGAGGAUCUGACGGUCGCGGAUACGAUGAGCUUUUUUACGUUGACGACUAUGCGGGGGUUCUGCCCUGUGGAAUUUGAUACUGAGAAGCAUAGGCAUAUUCUUGCUUAUUUGAAGAGGGUUUCGGAGCGCCCGGCUUAUAAGAAGGCUAUGGUGAUUUGUCAGGGGGAGGACUUUGAGCCUUUGGUUGGGCCUAAGGCGGAGCUUUGGCCUAUUUUGCGGAAUGUGUAA